GUCCAAAGUUUCGUAUAAAAGGGCAUUCGUGUCACACAGAAACCACAUUCGAAAUCUCAAUCUCUUCCAUUGGAUUCGCAUCUGGUGACAACCAGCUAUCUUUCAAAAUGAAAUUUCUCGUAGUGAUCUCUGUUGCUAUGUUGGCUAUGGCUUCGGCUGAUGUGGCUGAGCAUCAACCAGUUAUCGUUAAACAAUCUCAAGAUAUUUCGCCUGACGGAUCCUACUCUUAUUCCUACGAAACAGAUAAUGGAAUUUAUCAUUCUGAAAGUGGAACUCCAGUGGUGACAGAUGCAAGGAGCGCACCCGUUGUUGUUACCCAAGGAGAGUAUCAAUAUACAUCCCCCGAUGGUACACCAAUUAAGGUGACAUAUGUUGCCGAUCAUAACGGAUUCCAACCACAGGGCGAACACAUUCCAGCUAUUUCUCCAUUGAUUCAAAGGGCUCUUGAAUAUAUCAGAACGCAUCCACCACAAGCCGACCAGCCUAACCUAUAAAUUCACGUUCCGCUUCCUUUACCAACUUCCUCCACGUCGCCAAAUGAGAUUACAUUUUGUACAUAACAAGUGCACGAUAAUAAACAUUUAUUGAAAAUUCUUAUGAUAAAGACAUUA